GAUACCCUCACCAUCAAUCGCAGGGUUCAAGUCGACAACCCACUGACCUUUCAUAUUCAUAACCCACACAUCUUCAUACACCUUUUCAAGUGUCACCACCUUUCAUCAUGAAGUAUCUUACUGCGAUCACCACCCUUUUCGCCGCCGGUGCUAUUGGCACUGCGAUCCCAGCGGCACGCUCUGGCGGCUCAGCCGGCUACCACCUGAACCUCACCCUUGUCACAGAGGGUAAGGACCAGUACUGGCUCCUGACGGACGACAACCUGCCCGCCGGUCUCCCCGCCACGCCCGGCACUCUCACGAGCCGGUCUUCCCACCCGGGUCUCCAGGCACGGGAUACCCCGGAAUGCUCGGGCAACCACCAGGCGCCCACCGGCGACUGCUACAACCUGCUCGCGGCGCUCAGCAACGACCUCAACGAGAUCCCGGAAUCGCCGCGCAACAUCCGCUACACCAACUGCUAUGCGAGCUGGUCCAGGGCGGCCAGCGGGGUCCGCGCGGAGCUGUACAACGCCGGGGCCGACAUCUACAACACGUGCAACUCCAACGGCAGGGUCUCGGGCCUGAAGAGAAAUGUCAACAUCCAGGGCACCACCCUGACGCAGUGCCUUUCCGAUCGGCCUAACGGUUGUAGCUAGGCGUUGUCGGGAGGAUUUGGGGCGGGGGUUGCUGGGUGGCUGUGGUGGUUGGAUGGAUGUCCCAUGUGGUAAAUAGGUGGUGGGAGAGAGUCUGACGUUGAUCAUAGGUAGCUGAGGUACCUGACGGGAGGUAGUGAUGUUGAACUCUGAAGGGUUGAUUUCAUGAUCUAUUCAAAUUUUGGUCGUGUUUGAAAGUUGCAAUCAGGUCAUAGUGUUUGUUUGUACAGAUCUGGAUGCAAUCGAAUGAUAUUACAAUGCCACGAUGAAGAAACAGAUUUCAGCUUUGGACUUUUCACUCGGCGGUCCAGAUCCCGCUCGCCACUUUCUAAGAAAAAGGAUAGACUCGAUGGACAGACAGGCCGAAAGGAGUUGUUUGCC